GGCGACGGACGCGAGGCGGUGGCGGAGGAGACCCACCCCUGUCCACAUGGACAGUCGCAGAGGCCUCGGUUGAUGCAUUCGCGCCUGGGCGGGGUGGGCGGACGGCCGUAGCGGCGGCGGCGGCUGCGGCUGCUGCAAGGAGCGGAGGGCCCGGGGGCGCCUGACGGUCGCGGGGACCUCACCGACCGGGGCGCGCGGGUGCGGCCAUUUUACGGCCCGGGACUGAGGGAGGCGUGUUUGUGUGUUCGCCCUCAGCCUCUCUUCCUGCGGGCCCGCCGCUAGGGGAAGCUUCUCGGGCGGCCUGGGCGGGCGGUGGAUGGGGAGUCGCGGGCCGAGAGGCACCGGGCCCGGGAAGCGCCGUCGCCGUCGCCGCCGCUCGCGUUCGCCCGGCGGAGCCUGAGCAGCCCAGGCCGCGGGUCUUGCCGCGCGCCCGCUGAUAGGCCCGGUAGAAGGCCUGCUUUUGUGUAGGCCCGUUCGGCCGGGGGAGCGUCGCCCGCCUGACGACCGAGUCCUAGGCCCGCAACCCUGCGGCGGUUACCCUCCUGCGGCGCGGCCCCUCAUCCCGGCGAACGCGGCGGCGGUGUGGGCCAUGGAUUAAGGAGGCAGCGGCGUGGGAGGAGGAAGAUGGCGACUGGCAAGAGCGACGGCAGCGCCGGGGAGAUUACUUUUCUAGAAGCAUUGGCUAGAUCAGAAUCUAAAAGAGAUGGAGGUUUUAAAAGUAAUUGGAGCUUUGAUCAUGGAGAAGAAAGUGAAGGAGAUACAGAUAAAGAUGAGGCAAAUCUACUCAGUGUAGAUGAAGAUGAGGAUUCUGAAACCUCAAAAGGAAAAAAGUUAAAGCGUCAAUCUGAAAUUGUUGCUGCUAGUUCUGGUGAUCCUUGGAAGACAUGUGUAAAACGAAGCAGGACUGAAAGCCUAAAACCUUUGAAAGGCAACCCAGUUGGACUUAACAUGUUGACCAACAAUAAAAAAUUGAGUGAAAGUACACAAAAUGCAUCAUUAUGUUCUGGAACUGUAAGACGUUUUCCUCAUGCUAAUGCACAGAUAGCAAUAGUAAAAACAGCAGCCCAAAGCAGUCUGGACCAAAAGGAAAGGAAAGAAUACCCACCUCAUGUCCAAAAAUUUGAAAGUAAUCCUGUAAGGUUAAGUCGGCCCCAAGGUGUUGAUCGUAUAAUGAAAAAAACAGAAGAGUCUGAAUCACACCUGGAAUCUGAAAUUAAAAAGAAGGUUGCACAGAAACGUCACAGUAGUACAUAUUCGUCUACCCCACCUUCUCUGUCUCCUGCUUCCAAAAAAUGUGUAACUGAUUUAGAGGUUUCUAAACAGUGUGGAUAUUGUCCAAAAUGUGGAAAAGAAAAAGAAAAUCAGACCAAAUGCCAAAGUUGUGGUAUUCCCUUUCCUAAGGAUUCGCAAAGAAAUUGCAGACAAGCUGUAACUUCGAAUGAAUCUACUGGAUUAUUAAGAACAUCAAUUCAUCAGAAUUCUGGAGGACAGAAGUCACAAAACACAGCAUUACCAGCCAAGAAGUUUUAUGGCAACAGUGUGGGAAAGGUUCCAGUUGAUAUUAUUGUGAAUUGUGAUGAUAGUGGACAGAAUUAUUUACAGACUAAUGGGAAAGUCAUUUUACCUAGGGCAAAAGUAGCCAAAAUCACAAACCUGAAAGAAAGGAAAACAAGCCUGUCAGAUCUAAAUGAUCCAAUCAUUUUGUCCAGUGAUGAUGAUGAUGAUGACAGUGAUAGGACUAACAGAAGAGAAAGCAUCUCUCCUCAACCUGCUGAUUCAGCGUGUUCUUCCCCGGCACCCUCCACUGGGAAAGUAGAAGCAGCACUAAAUGAAAACACCUGUAGAGUAGAGCGUGAACUAAGGAGCAUUCCAGCAGAUUCAGAAUUAAGUACAGUUACCUUGCCAAGAAAAGCAAGAAUGAAAGACCAGUUUGGUAAUUCUAUUAUCAACAUACCUCUAAAACGUCGCAAAGUGAUUUCUCAAGAAACUUUAGUUGAUCCUGUAUCUUUAAGCUGCCAAAGUUCCUUUGAUAGCGUAAUUUUAAACUGUCGAAGUAUACGAGUAGGAGCACUCUGCCGACUAUUAAUAGAGCCUGUAAUUUUUUGUUUAGAUUUUAUCAAGAUACAGCUAGAAGAACCAGAAAAGGAACCUGUAGGGAUUACUUUAAAUACCUCUGAUCUAACAAAAUGUGAGUGGUGUAAUGUCCGAAAAUUACCAGUAGUGUUUCUUCAGACGACAGCAGCAGUUUAUCAGAAGCUGAGCAUGCAACUGCAGAUGAACAUGGAGGAUAAAGUUCGGAAUGACUGUAAAGGAAUAAAUAAGUUAACAAAUUUGGAAGAACAAUACAUAAUUCUCAUUUUUCAAAAUGGCCUUGAUCCUCAGGCAAAUAUGGUAUUUGAAAAUAUCAUUACUGACAUUGGUAUAAAGAAUAAUGUGUCAAAUUUUUUUGCGAAAAUUUCCUUUGAUGAAGCCAAUAGCAGACUUGUUGCCUGUACAAGAACCUGUGAAGAGAGCAGCAAAGGAAGUUGUGUGCAGAAAGAAAACAAAAUUAAAAAUGUGUCCCUUGAAUCUAAAGUACAACUUAAAAACAAACAAGAAUUCCAGUUUUUUGAUGAUGAUGAGGAAGCUGGAGAGAGCCAUACCAUCUUCAUGGGCCCUGUAGAAAAAUUGAUAGUAUAUCCACCACCUCCAGCUAAGGGAGGCAUCUCCGUUACUAAUGAGGACCUGCAUUGUCUAAGUGAAGGAGAAUUUUUAAAUGAUGUUAUUAUAGACUUUUAUUUGAAAUAUUUGGUGCUUGAAAAAUUGAAGAAAGAAGAAGCUGACCGAAUUCAUGUAUUCAGUUCUUUUUUUUAUAAACGCCUUAAUCAGAGAGAGAGGAGAAAUCUUCAUGAAACAACUAAUCUAUCAAUACAACAGAAGCGACAUGGAAGAGUAAAAACAUGGACCCGGCAUGUAGAUAUUUUUGAAAAGGAUUUUAUUUUUGUACCCCUUAAUGAAGCUGCACACUGGUUUUUGGCUGUUGUUUGUUUCCCUGGUUUGGAAAAACCAAAGUAUGAACCUAAUCCUCAUUACCAUGAAAAUACAGUCACGCAAAAAUGUUCAACUGUAGAGGACAGUUGUAUUUCUUCUUCAGCCAGUGAAAUGGACAGUUGUUCACAAAACUCUUCUGCCAAGCCUGUAAUUAAGAAGAUGCUAAACAGAAAGCAUUGCGUAGCUGUAAUUGAUUCAAAUAAUGAACAGGAAGAAAGUGACCCUCGUUAUCGGAGAAACAUUAGCAGUGUGAAAUGUAGUCUGAAAAAAAUAAAUCAUACUGCAAGUGAAAAUGAAGAAUCGAAUAAAGGAGAAUCUGCAUGCCAGAAAGUUGUUGAUAGGACUAAAAGUGAGAAUGGCCUACAGAAUGAAUAUUUAAGUUCUAUGCACCAUACAGAUGGCUUAAGCAAAAUCAGACUAAACUACAGUGAUGAAUCAGCUGAAGGUAGUAAAAUGCUUGAAGAUGAACUCAUCGACUUCUCAGAAGAUCAGGAUAACCAGGAUGACAGCAGUGAUGAUGGAUUCCUUGCCGAUGACAACUGCAAUUCUGAAAUAGGACAGUGGCAUUUAAAGCCUACUGUCUGUAAACAACCUUGUAUCCUACUGAUGGACUCACUCAGAGGCCCUUCUCGGUCAAAUGUUGUAAAAAUUCUAAGAGAGUAUUUAGAGGUGGAAUGGGAAGUUAAAAAAGGAAGCAAAAGAAGUUUUUCCAAAGAUGUUAUGAAAGGCUCUAAUCCAAAAGUACCCCAGCAAAACAACUUCAGUGAUUGUGGUGUAUACGUAUUGCAGUAUGUAGAGAGCUUUUUUGAGAAUCCAAUUCUCAAUUUUGAACUGCCUAUGAAUUUGACAAACUGGUUUCCUCCCCCAAGAAUGAGAACCAAAAGAGAAGAAAUCCGGAACAUAAUUCUUAAAUUGCAGGAAGAUCAGAGCAAAGAAAAAAAGAAACAUAAGGACACUUAUUCAACAGCAACAUCUGUAGGAGAAGGAGCAGAACAGUAUGUCAGUAACAUCUCAGAUUGACCAUUUUUGAUGCUUGUGUCAGUAUUGCCUUCAGCAACUGAGUGACUUUCAAGGGUAUAGACGGUAAAGAGCUGAAGUGCUCACUACGCAGAGUGAUUUAAAAAUGUUAAUGCUUGUAUAAAUGUCAUAUAAUUUCCAAUGGUAUGUAUUAAAUAAAAGUCUGUAAAUAUGUUAAUGAGGCCAAUUUUUUCAGCAUUUAUAAUUAUUUUUUUCACUUAUUAGGAAGCUUUUGUUAUGUAUUUUCUGUUAAUAGUACUUAAAACUACAACUUCUAAACACAAAAUAAAUAAAAAAAUAUUUAUAG